CUUCACCCUGUGUUCGUGGUUCCGUGCCGACGACACCGACGUCCCCAACGAGAUCGGCACGCUCAUCGCGGGUGACGCCGCCAUGGUCCCCGGUCCGGCCUACAGUCGGAGGGAGGAGAUGGAGUCCGACUGUUCCCUCAGCAUCCGGGGGUUGGUGGGGGCCGACAGCGGGAUUUACACCCUGCUCAUCCGGGAACCGCAGAUCAGAACGGCCAAAAUCAACCUCGUCGUCUACGAGCUGCUGGCGAUGCCGGAGGUGACGCCGGACGCGGUGUUGGUGGCGGAGGAAGACAACGUCACCCUGCAGUGCCACCCCCCCCCCGGCACCGUCACCACCUGGUGGCAGCGCGGUGACGCGCCGCUGUCCCCCGGCGGCCGCCUGUCGUUGUCCCCCGACAACCUGACGCUGACGGUGACGGCGGCGCGGCGCGGUGACGCCGGGUUGUACGGCUGCCACGUGGCCAACCCCGUCAGCAACAACCGCAGCCGCGAUGUCAACGUCACCGUCGCCUGUGAGUGGGCUGAUGUGGCACCGCUGUGGAGUUGUGGCACUGCCUGAGUGUGUCGUUGUGUCGUUGUGACGUUGUGCUGCUGUGUCACUGUGUUGUUA